CUACGAAACCUUGGCUGUGAUCUUCUUUGGUAACGUGAUCGGAGAUAAUUUGAAUUUAGAGCUUUAUGUUGUUAACUUAAAAUGAAAAUUGAAUAUAUGGAAUAGAGAAAAUCGCAACCGGUAACUAGAAGAAAAACGAAAAGGCAUUAUCGGAAAAUCGGCGUGAGCGACAACGUAGUAGGAGGUUGUAGGUGGUCAUUGAUUCACUGAUCCGCCGUGAGAGUCUUAUUUUUCUCUCUUUUAUUUUUAAAGCGAAAGCAUGGGAAUUUCACCGGCGGAAAGCGGAAGUCCCGAAAAGGAGCAGCAAGCCGCUGGAGUGGGGAUUCUCCUUCAAAUUAUGAUGCUCGUCCUUUCAUUCGUCCUCGGCCAUGUCCUUCGCCGUCACAAGUUCUACUAUCUCCCUGAGGCCAGCGCUUCUUUGCUUAUCGGUUUAAUUGUUGGUGGACUUGCUAACAUCUCCAACACUGAAACAAGCAUCAGGGCGUGGUUCAAUUUCCAUGAGGAAUUCUUCUUCCUAUUUCUCUUACCUCCAAUAAUCUUUCAAUCAGGUUUCAGCUUAUCAGCUAAACCCUUUUUCUCUAACUUUGGAGCCAUUGUCACAUUUGCUAUUUUAGGGACUUUUAUAGCUUCAGUUGUUACAGGAGUUUUAGUCUAUCUUGGUGGUCGCAUGUACAUCAUGUACGGACUUCCUUUUGUUGAAUGCCUAAUGUUUGGUGCUCUUAUAUCAGCAACCGACCCUGUUACUGUUCUUUCCAUAUUUCAGGAACUUGGCACUGAUACGAACCUUUAUGCUUUGGUGUUUGGAGAAUCUGUUUUAAAUGAUGCUAUGGCAAUAUCUUUGUACAGGACAAUGUCCAUUGUAAGAAAGCAUGCAUCAUCUGCGCAAAACUUCUUUAUGGUGAUUUUUAGGUUUCUCGAGACCUUUGUUGGCUCUAUGUCUGCAGGUGUUGGAGUUGGAUUUGUUUCUGCUCUACUCUUUAAGUAUGCUGGAUUAGAUGUUGACAAUCUUCAAAACUUGGAGUGCUGUCUUUUUGUUCUUUUUCCUUAUUUCUCGUACAUGCUUGCGGAAGGACUUGGCCUCUCUGGUAUCUUGUCAAUAUUGUUCACAGCAAUUGUGAUGAAGCACUACAGUUACUCAAAUUUGUCAGAAAAUUCUCAGCAAUUUGUAUCUGAUUUUUUUCACUUAAUCUCAUCACUGGCUGAGACUUUUACAUUUAUUUACAUGGGUUUUGAUAUUGCCAUGGAAAAGCACAGCUGGUCGCAUUUGGGGUUUAUCUUUUUCUCAAUUUUAUUUAUUGUAGUUGCCAGGGCAGCCAACGUCUUUUCUUGUGCAUAUCUGGUCAAUUUGGUUCGUCCUGUCCAUAGGCAAAUACCUUUAAAACACCAAAAAGCACUUUGGUACAGUGGACUUCGAGGAGCAAUGGCGUUUGCCCUUGCUCUGCAAUCUGUUCAUGAUCUUCCAGAAGGACGUGGUCAGAUUAUAUUCACUGCAACAACUGCCAUAGUUGUUUUGUCGGUUUUGUUAAUUGGAGGUUCAACAGGGACGAUGCUAGAAGCUCUGCAUGUUAUCGGAGAUAGCCAUGACGGUCACUUAGGUGAAAGCUUUGAUGUUAAUAAUGGCUAUGUUGCUCCAUCUUUUAAGAAAGAUGGAACAUCCGGAAACGGAAUAAAGAUGAAACUGAAAGAAUUCCACAAAAGAACAUCAUCAUUCACUGCAUUAGAUAGGAAUUACCUCACUCCAUUUUUCACUAGCCAGAAUGAAGAUGAUGAGGAAGAAGAAGAAGCUUUAUUAGAUGAGCGGAUUUAGGGGAGGGUUUCUUGGCCAAUAGAUAAGUGUCCUCAAAUGCUCUGCUACAAAGGAAACUAACUUCUGGUACAUAGAGAUGAAAUUUUCAAUGCAUUUUGGGUGUGGAGGAAACAUUGAGUUACUCAUAUUAUCAUUCCUUAUUAAUCUGCCAAGUUAUAUUAAAA